AUGUCGGACGAAGGAGAUGACCUUCUGGCAAAAACAUCAGAAUUUGUUGACAAAAAUUUAAGAAUAAUAAGGCUACAACUGUCACUUGCUGGUGUAGAUUUCAGAGAUGGGAGCAGUCAUUGGUUGUCAAGYAAUCUCAUCAAUUCUUCCAUUCAAUUUGUACCACUUGGCAAAACAAAGGAUGGGGCUAAGCUGUCUUGUAUUGYGCAUAAGAAAAGGAAAUACUUUCCAACAAAAGUCUGCAUAAACGAGGARCUUGUGCGACAAGGUCUCGCAGUGACUGGMAACACAAACAUGCUACUAGAAUCAAACAGGAAAUUCCAGGAACUGUUCACAAUGUUAUUGAAAGCAGAAGCAAACGCUGAGAAAAGAAGUCGCGGAAUAUGGGCAAAACCGCCAUUGAUGGAAAGACUUAAAAAUAGUAUUCGUCGUUUAACGCGGUUUUUUGAUUGGAGAAAAAAGUAAAACUUCAUUGUUUUUUAUUGUGAAAGAUGAAGAACACCGAGCAAGUAUUGCUGUUCAAUAUUUGCACACACCAUUCAAAAUGUCGCGUUUCAACACGAAGAUGUGUCCUUGCCCGAAACACUGCAGAUAAUGCGAGUUUAUUUAAUAGUCAUUGGAGAAAGGCUUUAAAUGCAGUAGGACUUAAUGAUCAUAGAGAUGAUAAUCUUAUUUAGUCAUCAUCUUAAAAUUGAACGUGACAAGAUACUGCAAGAAUCUUGCAAGAAUGUCAUAUGAAUUACUUUACAUUCCAGGCGUGUGACAUCAUAGCUAGCUAAUUAAAACCAACGCCCGACGUCACUCGUUCCUCCAAAACUCCGAACAUACAACCCUUUAAUAGAUGUGCCAAGUUAUAACACAACCAACUAGAAGAUAAAACGAACAAUUAUGAUCCCUUGAARUAUAGAAAAUACCGUUGGACAUAGGCACUUCAAUUUUAAGCCGCGAGGAUUAACGUCCAAAAUGUACGCUUUUGUAAGCUUCUAUCGUUUUUCGGCGUUUACUAUUUAUUUGUUUUUAUUGCAAAACAUUGACGCAGAAGAUACAUUGUUGCUUCUUUAUCAAGAAGAUAAAUUAUGUCAUUGAAAAUAUGUCAUAACUGCAUAAAUAUUACAUGAUUCAGUAGGCGUUAAGUUGUUAGCGUUUAAAACUGCCACAAUGUAUUAUGUACAGUAAUUUUUGUGAGUGCGAUGCGGCAAAGUUGAAAAGURAGCUAUCUUGAAUAARAUGAGUGAACUARAUUUGAUGGUAAAAAUAGUUAUAAUCCUAUGUGCAAAUGUGCAAUUAGACCUUAAUAUUAUCCAAGCAUGACAAUAAGCUUCCGUAAAUGUUGUUUUGUUUUUGGAAACAGCUAUUUCAAAACUGCCUAGUCUUGYAAAAUUAGCAGACGWGUUAAAACUGACAUUUUUAAUGUAAGUUCUAUUUUGACAGCUAUGUGUGAGAUAAUUAAACUUCAAUUAAACCUC